UCUGCUCUGGGGAGUGUGGAAGACACAGGACGGACGCAACAGGGCUGAGAGAGAGAGAGAGAGAGAGAGAGUGAGAGUGAGAGAGAGAGAGAGAGAGAGGCGGAGUAGGAAAGCAGCAAUUUAAAAAGACAAUUGGAUUGAGUGUUCUCAGACUUGCACUGCAACCAUGGGGCUGGGAAGAGGGAAAGAUGAGUACAAACUGGCGGCAACGUCGGAUGGCGGGGACAAGAAAGGCAAGAAAGGCAAAGGGGAAAAGGAUAUGGACGAUCUGAAGAAAGAAGUUGACCUGGAUGAUCACAAGUUGACCUUGGAUGAACUCCACAGAAAGUAUGGAACCGACCUGACCCGGGGUCUUUCCAACUCUAGAGCAAAAGAGAUCCUCGCCCGAGACGGCCCGAACGCCCUGACGCCUCCUCCCACGACACCUGAAUGGGUCAAGUUCUGCAGACAGCUGUUUGGUGGUUUCUCCAUGCUGCUGUGGAUCGGUGCCAUCCUCUGCUUCCUCGCUUACGGUAUCCAGGCUGCCUCAGAAGAUGAACCCGCCAAUGAUAACUUGUACCUCGGUGUUGUGCUGUCUGCUGUCGUCAUCAUCACUGGUUGCUUCUCCUACUACCAAGAGGCCAAGAGCUCCAAGAUCAUGGAGUCUUUCAAGAACCUGGUCCCACAGCAAGCCCUGGUUGUCCGUGACGGUGAGAAGAAGAGUAUCAACGCUGAAGAAGUGGUGGUGGGAGAUCUGGUGGAGGUGAAGGGUGGAGACAGGAUCCCUGCUGAUCUGAGAGUCAUCUCUGCUCACGGCUGCAAGGUGGACAACUCCUCUCUGACUGGUGAAUCUGAGCCCCAGACUCGUACUCCAGACUUCUCCAACGACAACCCUCUGGAAACCAGGAACAUCGCUUUCUUCUCUACCAACUGUGUCGAAGGUACUGCCAGAGGAAUCGUCAUCAACACUGGAGAUCGCACCGUCAUGGGUCGUAUCGCCACUUUGGCUUCCAGUCUCGAGGGCGGCAAAACACCCAUCGCAAAAGAGAUUGAACAUUUCAUUCACAUCAUCACUGGCGUGGCUGUUUUCCUUGGUGUGUCCUUCUUCAUCCUCUCACUCAUCCUCGGGUACGGCUGGCUGGAAGCGGUCAUCUUCCUUAUCGGUAUCAUCGUCGCUAACGUGCCAGAAGGUCUCCUCGCUACUGUCACUGUGUGUCUGACUCUGACCGCCAAGCGUAUGGCCAAGAAGAACUGCCUGGUGAAGAACUUGGAAGCCGUGGAGACCUUGGGUUCCACCUCCACCAUCUGCUCCGACAAGACCGGCACCCUAACCCAGAACAGGAUGACCGUAGCCCACAUGUGGUUUGACAACCAGAUCCACGAGGCUGACACCACAGAGAACCAGAGUGGCACCUCUUUCGACAGAAGCUCUGCCUCCUGGGCUUCCCUCGCCAGAAUCGCUGGACUCUGCAACCGUGCCGUGUUCCUGGCUGAACAAGGAAACGUUCCCAUCCUGAAGAGAGAUGUAGCUGGAGACGCCUCAGAGGCCGCCUUGCUGAAGUGUAUCGAACUGUGCUGCGGAUCCGUCGGCGGCAUGAGAGAGAAAUACCCCAAGGUUGCUGAGAUUCCCUUCAACUCCACCAACAAAUACCAGCUUUCCAUCCACAAGAAUGCAACUCCUGGAGAAACCAAGCACCUGCUGGUCAUGAAAGGAGCCCCUGAGAGGAUUCUGGAUCGCUGCUCCACCAUCAUGAUCCAGGGCAAAGAGCAGCCCCUGGACGACGAGAUGAAAGAUGCUUUCCAGAAUGCCUACGUCGAGCUGGGAGGACUUGGAGAGAGAGUGCUUGGUUUCUGCCAUUUCAGCCUGCCUGAUGACCAGUUCCCUGAUGGCUUUGCUUUUGACACUGAUGAGGUGAACUUCCCCACUGAGAAUCUGUGCUUUGUCGGCCUCAUGUCCAUGAUUGACCCUCCUCGUGCUGCUGUGCCCGAUGCUGUCGGCAAAUGCAGGAGCGCUGGAAUCAAGGUUAUCAUGGUCACAGGUGACCACCCCAUCACAGCCAAGGCUAUUGCUAAGGGUGUGGGUAUCAUUUCUGAAGGCAACGAGACAGUUGAAGACAUUGCUGCCCGCCUCAAUGUGCCAGUUUCAGAAGUUAACCCCAGGGAUGCUAAAGCCUGCGUUGUCCACGGUGGAGAGCUGAAAGACAUGACCUCAGAGCACCUUGAUGAUAUCCUGAAACACCACACUGAAAUCGUCUUUGCCAGAACCUCCCCUCAGCAGAAACUGAUCAUUGUGGAAGGUUGCCAGAGGCAGGGAGCCAUUGUAGCCGUGACAGGUGAUGGUGUGAACGACUCUCCCGCUCUAAAGAAAGCCGACAUUGGUGUUGCCAUGGGUAUCGCUGGAUCUGAUGUUUCCAAACAAGCUGCUGACAUGAUCCUGCUGGAUGACAACUUUGCCUCCAUCGUUACCGGAGUGGAAGAAGGCCGUCUGAUCUUUGACAACUUGAAGAAGUCCAUCGCCUACACUCUGACCAGUAACAUCCCUGAGAUCUCACCCUUCCUCCUCUUCAUCAUCGCCAACAUCCCGCUGCCCCUGGGAACCGUCACCAUCCUCUGUAUCGAUCUGGGAACUGACAUGGUCCCUGCCAUCUCCCUGGCUUAUGAAGCAGCUGAGAGCGACAUCAUGAAGAGACAGCCCAGAAACCCCAAAACAGAUAAACUGGUGAAUGAGAGGCUUAUUAGCAUAGCCUACGGACAAAUUGGCAUGAUGCAGGCCACAGCUGGGUUCUUCACAUAUUUUGUGAUCCUGGCUGAAAAUGGGUUCCUCCCCAUGGACCUGAUUGGGAUUAGAGUGUUCUGGGACAACAAAUACAUCAAUGACCUGGAAGACAGCUACGGACAGGAGUGGACAUACGAGCGCAGAAAGAUCGUAGAGUUCACCUGCCACACAGCUUUCUUCGUCAGUAUCGUGAUCGUGCAGUGGGCCGAUCUGAUCAUCUGUAAGACCAGGAGGAACUCCAUCCUGCAGCAAGGAAUGAAGAAUCGCAUCCUCAUCUUUGGUCUGUUUGAGGAAACAGCUCUGGCUGCCUUCCUUUCAUACUGCCCGGGUAUGGACGUCGCCCUAAGAAUGUACCCUCUCAAGCCAUGUUGGUGGUUCUGUGCCUUCCCAUACUCCCUCCUCAUCUUCCUGUACGAUGAAGCCAGAAGAUAUAUCCUCAGACGCAACCCAGGCGGUUGGGUGGAGCAGGAGACAUACUACUGAGUCAACAAUCGGAGGGAGCAGUCAGUUUUUCAUCGUUAUUUACUGCCAUGUUACAUAUUUGUCUGAAGUUUUAGCCAGGCUCGAAGAAAAAAAAAACACAUAAAGCAUGGAUAAAUUAAGAAUAUCUUGAUGUAUAUGUCCUUCUCAAUAAAAUAUUUCCUUACCAUUGUA